AUGUUUGACAAAUUGAAGAGUAAGCUCCAUCGCCAUAAGAGCCAGGGCGAAAAAGAUGAAUCAAGAGAGCCUGACGAACGAGAACUGGAAAAAGUGAAUAAAGCUCCCGCUUUAGCACCAGCCCCUGCCCCAACUGCCCCGGCCAAGCAGUCCACCACUGAGAUCAAAGAGAGCGCCACACAGUCCAAGACGCAACCACCCAAGAAGCCAGAUGCCCCUGCAAAAGUUCGGUGGGAAAUUGCUCUCCAGUAA